AUGGGGCUGUGGGUGCUGCUGCUGCUCGGCGCAGGUCUGGAGCCAAAUGCGGUGCUUUUGGGGCUGGGGGGAGCGGGGGGUGUGGAGGGAGAGACCCUGGCAGGAGGGGGAGUCCGAAGAGCCCCCUGGCGUUGCUCUGCCCCACUCUCUCCAUCCUGCUCCGGUCCCACCAGUUUUGCCCUUUGGCUCCAUCCCCAUUCCUGCCCAUUUCUGAGCACCACUCUCCAGUCGGUGCCAUUUCUGUCACUUCUGGUCAUCUUUGCCCGUGGGGACACUGGGGACAUCGGGGGAACUGGGGGCGUGGGGACACAAGCUGCAGGACUGGGGAUGCAGGGCAGCGCAGCGGGACAGCUAUGGGGCAGCUGUGGGACGUUAUGGGGCGGCUGUGGGGCAGAGUUCCGGAGCAGACCCGUUUGGCUUUUGCCCUUUUUUGGCUCUCUCGGCCCUUCCCCGCCCCCUCUCCCCACUUCCGCCCCCCACGGCCGCGCGUGGGCUGUGGGUGUGGGGCAGACCUCCCUGCUCCCCGCCAUGGGGCUGUGGGUGCUGCUGCUGCUCGGCGCAGCUCUGCCCCACAGCUGCAGCUCUGCCCUCGACUUGGACUCUGCUGUGGCCUUUGAGGGUCCUGGUUCCUUCGGCCUCAGUGUGGCACAGAGCGACGACGGGGUGCUGGUUGGGGCUCCCCUGGACUUGGGAGGCCGAGGCCGUGUCUAUCGAUGCCGUGUGGGGGAGAAGAGUUGCAGGGAUGCAGAUGUUGGUGACCUCCUGGAUACGGGUCCCAUGGCAAUGGGAAUGUCCAUGGCUGCCAACGGAUCCCAGCUCCUGGCCUGUGGCCCGAUGGCGCAGCGGAUGUGUGGGGAGAAUGCGGAGGUUCCGGGGUUGUGCUUCCUCGAUGGCUCCCUAGCGACCACCCCACGAGCUUGCCCCACAUCGUCCUCCGACAUCGUGUUCCUGAUGGACGGCUCCGGCAGCGUGGCAGCGUUUGACUUCUGGCAGAUGAAGACAUUCGUCAUCGAAAUCAUCAAACGCUUCCGUGGGACCAACACCCGCUUCGCAGUGCUGCAGUUCUCCACCGGCGUGGAGGUGCACGUGGGCUUCCCCGACUUCGACCGCCUGCCGGCGGAGGACCUAGAGCGGCUGCUGCUGGGGGUGGAGCAGCGCAGCGGCGUCACGCAAACGGCCUCCGCCAUCCGCGUCGCGCUGACGCGGGUUUUGGCGGGGAGCCGCGCGGGGGCCUCCAAGGCGCUGAUCGUGGUGACGGACGGGCAGAAGUACGGCGAUGCGCUGCAGUACGGCGACGUCAUCCCGGAGGCCGAUCGCGCCGGGGUCGUCCGCUACGCCAUCGGGGUGGGCAGCGCCUUCAAGGACCCCAAGGCGGUGGCGGAGCUGCAGACCAUCGCCUCGCCCCCCCCCGAGGCGCACGUCUUCCGUGUGGACAACUUUGAGGCACUGCGCGGCAUCCAGGAGCAGCUGCAGGACAAGAUCUUCGCCAUCGAAGGGACCCGGCCGGCCUUCGGGAGCUCCUUCCAGCUGGAGAUGGCUCAGGAGGGCUUCAGCGCUCUGCUCACCCCCGAGGGGGCGGUGCUGGGAGCAGUGGGCGCCUAUGACUGGGCCGGAGGGGCCUUCGUCUACGGGGCCGAUGGGAAGGUCGCCUUUGUCAACGCAUCCGAAGGGGACGGGGGCGCGAGCGACGCGUACCUGGGUUACGCCACUGAGUCUCUGUCCCUGGGGGGGCUCCGGGCGCUGGUGCUGGGUGCCCCCCGGUAUCGCCACGUGGGCCGCCUGCUCCUUUUCGUGCUGCCCCACGGGGGGAAGUGGGAGCUGCGCUCUGACGCCAUGGGGCGGCAGGUGGGCUCCUACUUUGGGGCAGCACUCUGCGCUCUGGAGGGGUCAGGGGAUGGCGUGGCACUGCUGGUGGGGGUCCCCAUGUUCUACGGAGACGGCACCGGGGGACGCGUGGAGGUCUGCACGGUGCUGCCACAGGGCCGUGCGCUGUGGUGCCACCGGAUGCUGCGGGGUCAGGCCGGACACCCACUGGGGCGCUUUGGGGCCAGCGUUGCUCGCCUUGGGGACAUCGACGGGGACGGGCUGCAUGAUGUGGCUGUGGGUGCUCCCAUGGAGGAUGACGAGCGUGGCGCCGUCUACAUCUUCUGUGGGGAGAAGGGUGGCAUAAGUGACCACUACAGCCAGCGCAUUGCAGGCUCCUCGUUCCGCAGCGCCCCGCAGCACUUUGGGCAGGCGCUGAGUGGGGGCCGCGACCUGACGGGGGACAGACUGCCGGACUUGGCCGUAGGCGCACAGGGACAGGUGCUGCUGCUCAGGUCCCCACCCCUGCUGAAGGUUGAGGUGACGGUGACCUUCAGUCCCCCGGAAAUCCCGACGUCUGCCCUCGACUGCCACCGGGCAGAGGAGGAGGAGCUGAGCGCCGCCGGGGCCGCGGUAGUGACCACAGCCGAAGUAUGCUUUGUCGGCACCAAGAAGAGCCGUGACAGCUUGGGUUCCCUCGGCGCCGCCCUCCGCUACCGCCUGCACUUGGACCCCGGCCGCGCCGCGCGCGCCGUCUUCGUGCCGGGCGGCGCCAGGAGCAACGGGACCGCGCACGUGGCCGAGGGGCUCCGCUGCCGGACCUUCGGCGUCGCUCUGGCGGGCUGCCCGGCAGACACGCUGAGCCCCGUGGGGCUGCGGGUGGCCUUCGAAGCGCGCGGGGACGCGCUGCAGCACGAGCAGGGGCUGCGCGUGGCGCUCAGCCGCGACACGCAGUGGGCCGUGAGCGCCGCGCUGCCCUUCGAGAAGAACUGUGGUGAGGACAACCAGUGUGUGCCCGAGCUGCGCGUGGCCCUCGGCUUUCCAGGGCUGGAGGAGCUGGUGGUGGGUGCCGCUGAGGACGUCACCGUCACCGUCACCGUGCAGAACGUCGGGGAGGACGCCUAUGGGGCCCACGUGGAGCUGCAGCACCCCAAGGCACUCUCCUACCGCAAGGCCACCAUGCUGCAGCCCCACCACAGGUCCCUGGCACAGCACUGCAGCUCAGUGUCUCCAGGAGGUGGGCGCAUCCUCUGCAACAUCAGCCACCCUGUGCUGUGGGCCGGCCAGCAGCUCGUGUUUGUUGUCACCAUGGAUGUGCCCCACGAGGCUGAGUUGGGGGACAGAGUGGAGGUGGUGGCGUUGGCCAGCAGCGUCCCCCCACCCGUGAGCCCCCAUCAGGUGCGUGCCGUGCUCCCAGUGCUGUACAGCGUUGUGCUGCUGCUCACCAGCUCUCCGUCCUCCACGCGCUCGGUGCCCGCAGGACAGACCGCGGUUCAGCACCGCUACCAGCUGGCGGCGCAAGGCGCGCGCCGCCCCCCCGGCAACGCCACCGUCCGGGUGCCCACGAGGCUGCGCGGCGCGGAGCUCUGGGAGGAGCUCUGGGUGGUGGGGCCGCAGGGCUGUGAGCCUGCCCCGUAUUCCUCGGGGGUUCAGGACCCCACCCCUCUCCUGCUGCGGAACCCGGUGGUGGUGAGUGCCCCAUGGCCCCACCCCCUUCUCUUGGCCGCGCCCCUUUAUUGCCCCCGCCCCAAGCCGCGUUCUCCCCAUAACUCUGCCCCUCCUCGGCUCCGCCCCGCUGCCACAUGGCCCCGCCCUUCCCCUUAG